GACCAGCCGCGCGCCGCCGCUGGAGAGUCCCAGCGGGCGGCUGCUGGUGCUGGUGCUGCUGCUGCUGCUGCUCGCCCCUGGCCGUGCCUGCUCUCCCGAGGAGACCCUCGCCCAGAACCGAACCAGACCGUUAUAGAGGUGCAAAUGACAGACUCAAUAAUUCCUCUGUAGAACUGGAUGAGCAGCUCCUUGGGCAGUUUGAGCUUCCUGAGUUGGCGCAGAAAGAACAUAGUACGCUGUGACCAUCCUUCAAAAGAGAAAUCUUGAAUGGAUGCUUUGGUUGAAUUCCAAACCUCGAUUUGCUGAAAGAAAUAUUCACCUGAGGAACGUCCUUGAAAACUUCUAGAUGUCAUCAGCAAUGAUCUACAGCCCAUCUUGAUCAAUGCAACAUCCAUCUCCCGGACUUUGAGUGGUUGAUACGUCCUAACAGACAGCCCUCUGGUCUGAAAGAGCCAUUCCCAGGAGCUGCAAGGAAACAGAAAACCACAAUAACGCAGCCCUUGCUCAUUAAAUGUACCUGCUUCGUUGGAAUCCCAUGAAAAACAGAAAAUAGGAGAGAAGCAUAAAAGUGGAUCUGGGAAUGGAGAGACCUUUUCGCCUCUCAAGCUGUUAAUAUAUUAGCAAAUGAAGAAGUCAACGCACGUCAGGACAACUUUUGCGAAGAAUACCCAGUGGAACCAUGGGCACAGCAGCUGAUGGCUUGGGGAACAUAGCUAUAGACACAACGCAACUGAACAUGUCAGUCACUGAUCCAUCCGCCUGGGCUACCGCAAUGAAUAACCUAGGAAUGGUACCUGUGGGAUUAACUGGACAACAGAUCGUGACAGAUUCGAUUUGCGUAAGGGGCUUUGACCCAAACCUCAGCAUGAUGACAGGAAUCGCUCCGAUUAACCCCUUGCUGUCAGGAAUGGGACUCGUACCUCAGCCUCCCCCAACCGAAGUCCCAGUCAUCAAAGAGAUUAUUCACUGUAAAAGCUGCACACUCUUCCCUCCAAACCCAAACCUUCCACCCCCUUCGACCAGGGAGAGGCCACCGGGAUGCAAAACUGUCUUUGUCGGAGGGUUACCCGAAAACGCCACCGAAGAAAUCAUUCAGGAAGUCUUCGAACAGUGUGGGGACAUCACCGCCAUUCGAAAAAGCAAGAAGAAUUUUUGCCACAUCCGUUUUUCAGAAGAAUUCAUGGUUGAUAAAGCCAUUUACCUUUCUGGCUAUCGCAUGAGGUUAGGAUCCAGCACCGAUAAGAAGGACUCCGGCCGCCUUCAUGUCGAUUUCGCUCAGGCCCGAGAUGAUUUUUACGAAUGGGAGUGUAAGCAGAGGAUGUUGGCGCGAGAAGAACGCCACCGUCGCAAAAUGGAAGAAGACCGGAUACGUCCCCCUUCGCCUCCCGUCAUCAUGCAUUAUUCGGAACACGAGGCCACUUUGCUGGCUGAAAAAUUGAAAGAUGACAGCAAGUUCUCCGAGGCUAUAGUAGUGUUACUUACCUGGAUCGAAAGAGGGGAGGUGAACCGACGCACGUCUAACCAGUUCUACUCGAUGGUCCAAUCAGCCAACAGCCACGUCCGUCGACUCAUGAACGAAAAAGCCACUCACGAACAAGAGAUGGACCAAGCGAAGGACAACUUCAAGAAUGCUUUGAUGGGCAUUCUCACUCAAUUUGAGCAGAUUGUGGCCGUUUUCAACGCCUCCACGCGACAAAAAGCUUGGGACCAUUUCUCCAAAGCUCAACGGAAGAACAUAGAUAUUUGGCGCAAGCACUCCGAGGAACUCAGGAAUGCUCACAGCGAGCAGCUAAUGGGGAUCAGGAGGGAAGAAGAGAUGGACAUGUCGGACGACGACAGCGGUGAAAAUCCCAGUAAUAAGAAGCUGAGGAUGGAGGAUUCAGCCUUAGCCGUUCAAGCUUAUGCCCUGAAGGAAGAGAACGACAGUCUCCGAUGGCAACUCGAUGCCUACCGCAACGAGGUGGAACUUCUCAAGCAAGAGAAGGGCCAGCUGUUUCGCACCGAGGAGAGCUUGACAAAAGACCAGCAACUCCAGUUUUUGCAGCAAACGGUGCAAGGCAUGCAACAGCAACUGUUGAAAAUCCAAGAAGAAUUAAAUAACAAGAAACUGGAACUCGAACAAGCAAAAGAAGAGCAUUCCCACACGCAGGCCAUGCUGAAGAUCCUGCAGGAACAGUUAAAAAAAAAUGCCAAGGAGUUGGAGACUAAUGGCCAUGACGAAUCUCAGGCAAACGAAAUCAAUGGACUGACGGUGCCGUUGGUCAACCAAGACCGAGAAAAAAAUGCAGAGAAGCGGAGCCAGCCGCUAAAAUCCGAGAAAGAGGCUUUGCUGAUAGGUAUCAUAUCAACAUUCCUUCACGUUCAUCCGUUCGGAGCUAAUAUUGAAUAUCUCUGGUCGUAUAUGCAGCAGCUGGACUCUCGGAUCUCAGCCAACGAAAUAGAAAUGCUUUUGAUGAGGCUUCCACGUAUGUUUAAGCAAGAAUUUUCCGGUGUCGGAGCCACGCUGGAGAAACGGUGGAAAUUUUGUGCCUUCGAAGGGAUUAAAACAACUUGACCAGGGUUGGAUCCAAUUCCGAAGCCCCGUGGGAAGAACGUGUUACGGACCGCAAUGGCAGAGGCGAGCCGAAGUAUUAAAGGAGGAGAAUUAGGUUUGGCUCAUCCCCUUCCAAACCUGAUUUUAGUUGCAUUUGUGAUGUCCUCUCGUGAAAAUGUAGUCGUGUGCCAGUUCCAAAAAAAAAAAAAAAACGAAAAGGGAAAAAAACCGCUCCUGAAAUGUUUCCUAUGAAAACUCAAACCAACCAAUAACUCUACAAUCAUAAUGAUCUCAUUAUUUAAAGUACGCACCUAUUAUUAGCUCACCUUGAGCCAACUGGAAGCUCCAGCAAGGUCUGUGUAUGAUAUGGUAGAUCUUCCUCCAAACGUUCAUGCCUAAGAGUCUUUCCGUUUCAUAAGAAGACAAAAAAAUAAUAAAAUAAAAAAAUAAAAUAAAAAAAUCCGAUUUCAUAGUGAGAAACGAGUAUAUACCAAAAGCAAACUUGAAGGGAAAAAAAAUGUGUUUGAACAGUUAUUUGUAUUUUGUAAAUUAAGUUCUAUCUGCUCUACCAGGGACUUAUUGCCUUAUUGCCAGAGGCCUGAAAAAGGAAAACAAAAAACACAAAACACAAAAAACACAAAUGUGCUUAGAUUCUUUGACGAUGCUUUAUGCAGAAUAUUAUUUUUCUAACGUCACGAUUCUCCAUUUUCAGUUCCUUUAACAUGGAUUGCAUAUCGAUUUUCAUAAACGUGUAAAUAAAGAGGAAGGCAGUGUUACUGUAUUGUAUUUGGUAUGUAACAUUCAGGGUUAUGUAUCUGAAAAUAAGUAUCCGGUUGCAUUACUGUUACAGAUUUUAUAGCAAAUAUAUUGAUUUUUUUUUCCAAUAAAUAGGAAUUCUACCAUAGUCGGACUUUUACGAGCUGCCUUUUUUAAAAAUAUAUUUAUUUUGUCCUGUCCCUUCCCCACAUCUCCUCAUAUAUUUUACAAUGCAUUAUUAUUAUUAAUAAUAAUAGUAAUAAUAAUAUUUUAACCACAGGUAGUUCUCGACUUAUGACAGUCGAGCCCCAAAUUUCCAUUGCUAAACAAGAUGGUUGUUAAGUGAGUUUUGCCUCAUUUUAAGACCUUUUUGGUGCUGUUGUUAAGUGAACAGCUGCAGAUGUUACGUUAGUACCAUGUUUGCUAAGUGGAUCUUGAUUUCCCAGAUUCUUCGAACGGUUACUAAAUGGAUGGUUGUAACUCAUAUGACUAACAUGCAGGUAAUCCUUGACUUACGACCCACAAUGGGGCCCAAAACUUCUGUUGCUAAGAGAGACAUUUGUUUUGCUCCAUUUUACGACCUUUCUUGCCACCGUUCUUAAGUGGGUCCCUGCGGUUGUUAACGUAGUAAUAUGGUUGUUAAGCAAAUCUGGCUUCCUUGUUGAGUUCGCUCAUCAGAAGGUCGCAAAAGGGGAC